AUGAGCGGAGCAGCCACGGCGGGCAUGCGGGGGAUGAACCUCCUGGGGUGCAUUUUCGUGGGGGUGUUGGCGGCGACAGGCGGGGGCACUGUGCGGGACCUGCUGCUCGGCCAGACUCCGGUGUUUUGGCUCGUUGAGGCGAUAGACACGAUCGGGCUGGCUUCCUUCGCGGUGGCGGCGACCCAGAACGGCAUCCGAAGGAAGUGUCACCCGGGCACAACGAUCGUCAUCUGCUGCAUCACGUGCUCCGGUGGAGGAAUCCUGCGAGAUGUCCUGACCUCGUCGCCGGUGAUGGCGCUCUCGUCACACGCCCAGAUGUACGUCAGCACGGCCGCCUUUGGUUCGGGGGCGUACCUGCUCGCUAGGAGAUAUUCUAAAGACCCGCUCUUCCGAGUCUGCGCGGGGUUCUUCACUGUGGUCAUCCUGCGCCUGCUGCGGCGACUCGGUAACGAAGCGGGGUGCGCGAAGGAGAGCACCUUGGUGUUUGGGCAGCAGCGCAUGCCUUCGAGUCUAUUGGCUGUUGUCUGCUGCUCCUCCCGUAUGGGGUGCGUUAAUCUUUGUUCGUCCAGAUGUUGUGUACUUGUGGUGCGAGUGAAAGGGGGUGGGGGGUGGGUGGGGAGGAUGUAGGCAUUUGUUGACUUCCGGUUUUAUAGAGGCAUUCGAUGCAAGGGCUGCUGUUUAUUUUGUCCUCGUGCUGCCUGCCUGUGUCAUCAUGGCUGCCAAGGAACAACAGAAACCGGUUCCUCCGGGUUCGCUCGCAAGCAGUGUGAUUGGUGACUGAGUCUAGGUUGCGGUCCCUGUGCAUGGUAUGAUUUGCCGUUAUUUGGUCCGUUGCUUGUCCUGUGGAAAUAAUUGUUUUGUUUUUUUUAUGUGUGGCAGAGUACGCAUACACACGUCGUUAUUUUUGUACGGUUACCCAUAGUUUGUCAUAAAUCUGGUACGGUUACCCAUUGUCGUCGUAACUGUUGUUGUUAGUGGUGUACCAGUGCGUGUGCGUUUCACGCGGGUGUUUCGUUUGUUGCUUGGAUGUGUCGCGGCUUUGGCCAACUUGUUGGCCCCGCCGUGCACAGAAUGCCCGACAAGCUGGCAAGCGACGGUGCGGGCUGGUGCUCAACGAAGCAUGGCGUGCCGUGGUCCGCGAA